AUGAGCGCCGAUUACGAGUCCAACUUCGACACCGAGAGUGAGGCCGAAGACAAGCGGAGUGUCAAACGCCAGUCACGUGAGGACUGGUCCGCAACCGAGUCUUCGGCGGCCAAACAACUUCGGCCGUCGAAGAAUGUAUUGGUGGACGAGACGGACAAAACGGAACGAAUCAUCAGAAAUCGGUUCCAGACAUUGAGCGCUUACUCCAGACAUAAAAUGCUGGUCAAUGAGUAUAUAUUGAAUUACUCGGGAAGUACUGCCAAACUGGUGAGAGACACGUCCAGAGAUGUGACCGAAUACCAAGUGCUCAAAGAUAAUCACCGAUUCAUUUGGGACGACGUCUCCGAAGACGACCUCUCAUGGGGUCAACGAUUGGCCAAAAAAUAUUACAAUCUAUUGUUCAAAGAGUACUGUAUUUGUGACUUAAGCCGAUAUAAAGACAAUAAGUUUGGGAUGCGUUGGAGGACUGAGAAGGAAGUGCUCGAAGGGAAGGGACAGUUCGGUUGCGGCGGCAAAGGCUGUGCCAACACAGAGGCGCUCAAGAGUUGGGAAGUAUUGUUCAAAUACGAGGAAUUGGGUGAACAGAAGAGCGCUUUAGUCAAACUUCGUUUGUGUGAAGACUGUUCACCAAAACUCAAUUAUAGACAGAAACGACGGGAAAUCAAAAGGCAUAAGAAAUCACAUAAAAAGUCCAAAAGUGAUAAAUCAAAGAAACCAAGUGAUGGCGAAGAAGGCGUCGAAGUAUCUGAACCAGAAGUUAGCAGUUCUUCUGCUAAUACAUCCCAUGAAAUCACUGAUACUGUGAAUGAGAUUUGGACUAAACCACAGAUUAUUGCCGAUACAGAGCAACCAAUUGAUGACGAAUUUGAUCGAUAUUUGGAUGACUUAUUAGUAUAG